AUUAAGAAAAAAAACAGUUUCAAAUCCUUUUACCUCCUUUUUCAACAUUAGGAAAAUGGCUAUUCGUAUUCCUCGGAUCAUCCAAGCAAAACAAGUUCUUCGACGAUCUUUGUCAAAUGGAACCCAUACACCAACAACUAUGGAUGUACCAAAAGGGUAUUUCACAGUUUAUGUUGGAGAGGAGCAGGACAAGAAGAGGUUUGUGAUACCUGUAUCUUUGUUACGCCAACCAUCAAUUCAAUACUUGCUACGUCAAGCAGAGGAAGAGUUUGGUUAUGACCAUCCAACGGGUGGGCUCACUAUCCCGUGUAGUGAAGCCAUAUUCGCUGAUCUAGUUUAUCGCCUUGGCGUAUUUUSAUCACGCUUAUCGCCUCGGCUCACAAUCCCAUGUAGUGAAGACGCAUUUUUGUAAAGCACUAUCAGUAACCAUAUACAACUUGUGAGAUAGAGUCACCUGUCCAUCCCAGUUGUAUGAAAUUAGAAUUUAGAGUUAUUUUGACCCUGUUGUAUUCUAUUUAGCG